AGAAUGACAUGAUAUUGCAGCAGCACAACUAGGUAGCUGCACACAACUAACGCUGCUGGCUACAGAUGUACGCAUGAUAUCAACAUAUUGUGUACGCGGUGGAAUCAUAAUCAUAGUUUUAGUUGUUAUCCUCUCAUGCAUUGUGCUGAGGCACAAUGCAAUAGAAGGUACACCACGAUCUAUAUCCUCAGAUAACCCACAAUAUAUCACCGUUUUAGAUUCAUCUUCAGAGAAGCGAGGUCAGCUCGAUGAUGUAACGUCCGAUUUGAACGUUAUGAAACAGACACCUAAACUUCAGUCUAAUCAGAAAACAUCAAACUCAUCAUCAGAAAAUGUCGUGGAGCCAAAACUCACAGACCUUCCUAUCUUAAAACUGGAACGUCACAAGAAGUAUUUACCAGCAAUGAUAAAGGAAUCAGACGAUAUUAUAUCCCUUUUACCAGACACUGGUUUUCUCUCUGAUUACAAGAGUUUCUGUUGGAAUGGUAAAACAGAAACUUUAAGGUGCCUUCCUGGUGCGUACAUAGCCGGUAUGCCGAAGUGCGGAACAACAGACCUAUUCGCAAAAUUAGAAUGGCACCCGAAUAUAUUAAAGCCUCCAACGGGAAAGGAAAAUAUGUACUGGUCGAGGAGUAGAGUGGGGAGGAAAGCAGGGUUGUAUCUGCCUGGACACAGAAACAAGGAAACAUUUGACAGUUUUACAGGGAGAAUGACGAACAUUGAGAUGAAGGAUAAUCACGGAGCGAUCAUAUUAGAUGGGACACCUAUCCUGCUUUCGGAUCAUAGGGAGUGGGAGACAAGGUACCCCUGGGCCACUAACCCUCCGUACACUAACGCUGAUAUCAUACAUUUUGUCUCCCCACAAGCUAAGGUAAUCGCCAUGGUCCGUGAUCCUGUUGAACGACUCUGGUCAGAUUAUCUGUACUUUGAUAGAGGGGAGAAGAGGACUCCGGACACUUUCGACAAACACGUGAAGGUUGAAAUGAAUAGGUUCCAGUCCUGCCUUAAAACUCGUGAUCUGAGACACUGUAGUUUUAGCACGGAGAACAGUGUACAGACCCAGCUGAGCCUAGGUUUGUACAUUUGUUUUUUGCAAGACUGGAGUGAAAACUUCGGAGAUUAUCUUCUAGUGAUAACUUUGGAAGAGUACAGUCGGAACAUGGCUGGAACACUGGAGAGAGUGUUUGAGUUUCUCGAGGUUCAAGUGGACGUUGGUGAGUUAAAUGCGUUUUUAGAGCAAAGUAAGAUAGAGAAUACAAGGCAUAACGGUGAUGUACUUAAAGGUGAUAUGUUGAAGCAGACACGGCAGAAAUUAAGGAAUUUUUAUGAGCCGUAUAAUAUCAUGCUAGCCAGAUAUUUUCAGGAUAGAAAAUUUCUGUUUGAACAUUAACUGCUGUAUCUCUUUAUUUAAUUCGUUGAUUAUUAAAUUGAUUUGAUUGGUCGAAAUUGGAGCAUGAAUAUUUGUAAUAAUUUAUUUCCCUUUUUAAACAUUAUAUAGGUAGCUUUUAUAUUGAAACUUUAAAUCGGGAAUGAUUUGGUGCCAUUUAAUUAAUAUUUCAUUAAAAUAAUACACUGAGCGUUAUAUAGGCGAACUAUAUUUUUUUUACAAAAAUGGCUGAGUAACGUACACUUGGAUUACAAGAAGAACAGCUAUACUCCAAUCUGGAUGUAAUUCCAUUUAUAAUUAUAUCGCUAUUUAUUUAAAAUAAUUUGUAAUCUGUUUGAU